GAGACCGGAUAUAGUGACUGCAGGGUCCGGGGAGAGUGGAUAUAGUGACUGCAGGGUCCGGGGAGACCAGAUAUAGUGAAUGCAGGGUCCGGGGAGAGCGGAUAUAGUGAAUGCAGGGUCCGGGGAGAGUGGAUAUAGUGACUGCAGGGGUCCAGGGAGAGCGGAUAUAGUGAAUGCAGGGUCUGGGGAGAGCGGAUAUAGUGAAUGCGGGGUCCGGGGAGAGCGGAUAUAUAGUGAAUGCGGGGUCCGGGGAGACCAGAUAUAGUGAAUGCGGGGUCCGGGGAGAGCGGAUAUAGUGAAUGCAGGGAGAGCAGAUAUAGUGAAUGCAGGGUCCGGGGAGA